AUGGCGUUGUCCGGGAACCCCAAGGUAAAACUUAACCGAGUGGAUACCAUCGAGAAUUCGGUGGCUGCGAUAGGUACUUCCGGAGACGGCUCGCUGAUCCUGAAAGUGUCAAGCGUGACCUUCUUAGAGCCUCGGAACUGGUUCUUGACCAUCGGAUUACAGGUAGUUGCAUAUAUAGUGUUGAGAUGCUCGCUCAACAG